CCACCCUGGAUUCAAGAACACUCUAUUUUUGUAAACAAACGCUUCUUCUUAACGGCGGUCCAUCCAACAUGAAAUUCAAACAAGGUAGACAGACCUUGACAACCUUCUAGUUCCAAGUUCCCACAGGCUCCGAGUCUUUGUUCCUUCUCGUCCGUUCUCCGUCCUCAAAUCGGCUGUCUUGCCCUCCCCGACUUCUCUCUUGCUCUCUCUUGCUCUCUCGAGAGUCAUAAUGGGCGGGCCGAUCCCGUGGCCUCUGUAGACAUGAAUUUGACCCCGUUGCACGAGGUGCGAGCCCAGGUUGGACAAGCUCAGUUGACCCGAGAUCGACAACGCUUGAGACAUCAAUGGCCCUUGAUGACAGGCUCGUCGGCGAGCUCGUCCGCCAUCACGCAGACCACGCCCAGACUUGAACCUUCGGCCAGCCUCUCGACGGACUCUGGUACGGCCUUGGGUGGUGCGCUCCGGGCAUUGGGCUCGGCUCAAUCCGAUCCAGCCAGCCCGUGGAGUCAAAGCUUGGCGCAAGUGCUCGAUCCGGACUUAGCCGUGUCCACGGGACCCGAUUCCAACUCGUGGAUCCGCUGUCCGCCCCAAGAGGCUCAACGACUGGAUCGUUGCUAUCAACUUGGGGUCAAGUUACUCAAUCCCGCCCGAACCCCGGGUGACGGUGCGGACGCCCUUGAUCUUUCGCCCGCCCGUUGCGCUCAAUGGGCCACCGCUUUAGCUGGUCGUCGCGGUCGCUCACUACCAUCCCUACCUUGGCCUGCGUCCAAGCCGGUUUAACCCGAUAACCUGCUACAAGUAUGAACGAGUUCGAGGGCGUGGAGCGGGGGCUCUUACCCGCUUUACCAGCGGGACUCGAACGGCCCCUCGAAUCAUCGGACGUGAGCGCCUCUGUUCGCGAUCGAAUCGAGCCCAGCUUCGAGGUCGCCUUCCGUUGGCUUGAGCGCCCGGUUUCAACCGACACACUGGCUGAGGACCUACCUAUUUUGGCAGUUAUUCUCCAACUGUGCGGGGAACAUGCUCAACCGCAAGUGUGGACGACGCCUGAGAGUCUGAGACUCAGUUACCGCGUUCAAAGCCGCCUAAAAGCCAAGUUUGAAUGUCCUCACAUGGCCGAAGUGAUUAUGUCGUGGCACGGGCGACUCCUGAAUCGUUGCCUGUCCGAUCUCCGGACACGAACGCGAGAUUGGGCUGAUUGGCGAAGCCAUUUAGCCGCCGCGGCUUCUUGUAUCUGGUUCUUCGAUCAAUUGACACUCAUCCCGUGCCGUCUCAGUGAGAGCUUGUCACAGUUCCUACCCCUGCUUUUGAAAUUAGCCGAUGAUUGGUACCCGCCUCAUCAAGAAUGGGGCCUCUUGAAUUUGACCAAAGUGUUGCGAUACGUGUCGUGCCAAGAGCUUGUGGCCAAUGGUCGAUGGAACGUGAUCGUGAACGCUCUAAAAGGGAAGUUACGUUCCACAGAUUUAAAGCUCCGACAGACGGCUUGGACGUCCUUUGUGCUGGUUUUAGAAAUUCUCGAACUCAACACGGUUCAACAAGAUUCUUCUUUUAAUGAAUGUGAUCAGUUCGCCAGUGUCAUUCUGGAUCAACUCCAAAGUAACUGGUCCCCCACCGAACGACUUUUUGAGCUUCAAACUCUCCGUCAAGUAUUGGUCCUUCUGCGUUAUCGAUUACAAAGAUGGUUGUCUCGUUUGCUUGCGGUUUUAGACGGUUGCCUAAGCCUAGGGUCUUUGAGUGAAACUGAUGCCUUAGAAAUGCUGAGGAUCAUUCGGUUCGUGGUGAGCGAGAUGGGUGACCAAAUAAAUCCCCACCAACGGCUGAUACUUCAGACAUUAAUUCGCUUUGAGGUCCAUCACAAGCCGAUGAUGGGACACAAAUCAAUUGCUCUCUCCGAAUGUUUGGCUAUAGUAGCCAUUCUCCGAGAGGCAGACCCACCUCGAUAUGCCAAAUUGCUAGAGGGUCAUGAUCAACUACGGAUUAAGCUCAAAAUACUAAAUGUGACAUGAGCUCUACUAAUGGAAGUAAAAUUAACAUUUCACCCUGA